AUGGCUGAACCACAGGGUGAAGCCCCACCACCUACUGCAGAGAGACUUUUGGGUGACUAUGGGGGUGCAAAUGCUCCUACUGGAAGGUUAACAAUUGUGAACCAACCGGUAAAUGUUGAUCACUUUCAGCUGCACCCGUCAACGAUUCGUCAACUCGAGAGAAGACCGUUCUCCAGAAAAAUCAAUGAAGAUGCCAACAAGCAUUUACAAAGAUUUAUGACCAUGACGACAUCAUUGAAAAUUGAGGGACACUCAGAAGAAGCAAAAAAGUUUGUUAUGUUCCCGUUCACAUUGUCAGAAGAUGCUGAAGAGUGGUUUUACUCUUUACCCGCGGGGAGCAUAACAUCUUGGCAACAAAUGGAGACAACAUUUCUGAAUGAGUACUUCCCUGCUUCUAUGUAUAUCCGCAAGAGAUAUGAUAUUGUUAACUUUAAGCAGAAAGAAGGAGAGUCACUCGGAGACGCGUACAAGCGGUUUAAGCGGUUGUUGGUUGCAUGUCCUACACAUAACAUGGUUGCAACUGAACAAAUGCAAAACUUUGUGAAUGGACUUAGAAUGAAGACUAAGCAACUCAUAGACACAGCUGCCGGUGGUUCAACAAACUUUACAACAGCCAUUGGAAUAAAGAAAAUCAUUGAAGCCAUUGCAGCUAAUGAACAUCUGGAACUCUAUGACCGCAGUGUAAGUCAACCUGAAGGUAUCAUUGAUCUUAAAUUGGCAAAUCAAGUUGUGAAGAUGGAAGACCAAAAAACAGCUGAAGUAGAGAGAAGGCUCAAGAAAAUGACUCUUGACACGCAAACUGUGGCACAAGUGCAACCGGUCCAACCUAUUCAGGUUGUUAGUUGUGAAAUUUGUGGAGGUCCUCACUUCGCCAUGCAUUGUGUGGCAACUGCUCAACAGGUUGAAGAGAUUAAUUUUCUGAAGCAAAAUAAUCCGUACUCCAAUACAUACAAUCCUGGAUGGAAAAAUCAUCCAAAUUUUUCCUGGAAUGACCAGCAAGGAAGUGCUCAAAAGCAAGUGCCCACCCAGUAUCAAAGUCAAACACAACAGCAAUACCGUCCACAACAACAACAACCUUACCAGCAGCAGCAGUUUCAUCCUUCUCAACAAUAA